AUGCCCAUGGACGAAGAUGAACUGCCCACGGGUACUGUCAACAUGCCCAUGGACGAAGAUGAACUGCCCACGGGUACUGUCAACAUGCCCAUGGACGAAGAUGAACUGCCCUCUGGUACUGUCAACAUGCCCAUGGACGAAGAUGAACUGCUCUCUGGUACUGUCAACAUGCCCAUGGACGAAGAUGAACUGCUCUCUGGUACUGUCAACAUGCCCAUGGACGAAGAUGAACUGCUCUCUGGUACUGUCAACAUGCCCAUGGACGAAGAUGAACUGCCCUCUGGUACUGUCAACAUGCCCAUGGACGAAGAUGAACUGCCCUCUGGUACUGUCAACAUGCCCAUGGACGAAGAUGAACUGCUCUCUGGUACUGUCAACAUGCCCAUGGACGAAGAUGAACUGCCCUCUGGUACUGUCAACAUGCCCAUGGACGAAGAUGAACUGCCCUCUGGUACUGUCAACAUGCCCAUGGACGAAGAUGAACUGCUCUCUGGUACUGUCAACAUGCCCAUGGACGAAGAUGAACUGCCCACGGGUACUGUCAACAUGCCCAUGGACGAAGAUGAACUGCUCUCUGGUACUGUCAACAUGCCCAUGGACGAAGAUGAACUGCCCUCUGGUACUGUCAACAUGCCCAUGGACGAAGAUGAACUGCUCUCUGGUACUGUCAACAUGCCCAUGGACGAAGAUGAACUGCCCUCUGGUACUGUCAACAUGCCCAUGGACGAAGAUGAACUGCCCUCUGGUACUGUCAACAUGCCCAUGGACGAAGAUGAACUGCUCUCUGGUACUGUCAACAUGCCCAUGGACGAAGAUGAACUGCCCUCUGGUACUGUCAACAUGCCCAUGGACGAAGAUGAACUGCUCUCUGGUACUGUCAACAUGCCCAUGGACGAAGAUGAACUGCCCUCUGGUACUGUCAACAUGCCCAUGGACGAAGAUGAACUGCCCUCUGGUACUGUCAACAUGCCCAUGGACGAAGAUGAACUGCUCUCUGGUACUGUCAACAUGCCCAUGGACGAAGAUGAACUGCUCUCUGGUACUGUCAACAUGCCCAUGGACGAAGAUGAACUGCCCUCUGGUACUGUCAACAUGCCCAUGGACGAAGAUGAACUGCCCUCUGGUACUGUCAACAUGCCCAUGGACGAAGAUGAACUGCCCUCUGGUACUGUCAACAUGCCCAUGGACGAAGAUGAACUGCCCUCUGGUACUGUCAACAUGCCCAUGGACGAAGAUGAACUGCCCACGGGUACUGUCAACAUGCCCAUGGACGAAGAUGAACUGCCCACGGGUACUGUCAACAGAAGCCCUUCUCCGAUUGGUAAUACCGAGACGACAACUCAAAACACCAUGCCGCACAAAGAACACGUGGAAACCAAACAAACAUCUUCAAAGAAACAACCAUACACCACACCAGAGAUGAAAAUUCUGGAAUUUGCACGAAAGGAGUACGAAGCAAAAAUGCUAAAUCUAUAUUUGAAGCAUGAAAUUCUUCAACUUAAAAAGCAGUAUUAG